UUUGCUAAAAACAUUGAAGAGCACGGUCGUAAACGACGCCUUCUGUGUUUCAUAAGUCUCCAAGUUCGACAUUGUUCUGAUGAAACGAUUUCAUUUUCAUUUCUUCUCGUCGAAGAUCUCUUAAAUACCGUAUUUUUGGACUGAAAGAGUCGCUCACCUUUUUAUUGAAGUAAGUAAGCGUGGGGCUUACUUACCCAAAAUGGAUGACAGCAAGAUGUUGGGCGGCAAGAUCAAGAAGCCAGGCAAGCGCGGACGCAAGCCGGCCAAGAUUGACCUGAAGGCCAAGUUGGAGCGCAGCAGGCAGAGCGCCCGGGAGUGCCGCGCCCGCAAGAAGCUGCGCUACCAGUACCUGGAGGAGCUGGUCUCCAGCAAGGAGAGGGCCAUCUGUGCCCUGCGCGAGGAGCUGGAGAUGUACCGGCAGUGGUGCUCCGCCAUGGACCAGGGCAAGAUUCCCUCCGAGAUCAAGGCGCUCCUGACGGGAGACGAGCAGAAGACACACGCCUCCCACAGCUCCCACAGCACCAAGACGCCCAAAAACGGGAAGUACAGCUCCGGAGGCAACAGCCAGAGCAAGUCCACCUAAAGCUUACGAAAAAAAACCACACACAGAACAGAGUAAGAGACAGUAAGAGUCCCCAAAGUCACGUUUGUUUGUUGGUUGGUUUGGUUCGGGUUCGACUGUUAGAAUGCACGUACGUAGUGAACGAAGCAAAGGGAUUGUUAGAGUAAGUUUGACUAAACUUAUCACCGCAGAACAAAAAAGGACAGAGUCCCCAAAUCACUUUGGUUUGUUUGCUGGUUGUCGGUUUGUUCAUUAGAACAAAUGUGGUGAUCGAAGGGACUGGUGGAGGGAGGAUGUGAGCUGUGUUCUCGAUCGAUCGAUCGAUCGAUCAAUCGAUCUUAAGGCCAAAAUUGUUGCUGCUGAUCCCACCCCCCCGCAGUCACACAAAUUAUCAGUCUGUCCAAGUUCAUGUAACUGUUGCCUUAGAAAUGCUCCCUCUCAGCUUUCCCCUUACUGAACAGCAGAGUAGAGUAGCUUUAUUUGAUCCCCAGGGGGGAAUUUUCAGUCAUAUGUACGUUAAAAUAUAGUAUCUGUAUAAUAAUAUAUAUUACAGUCGGAUAUUAUAUGAAUACCACAGUGAGGGUUUGAGAGGCCUCAUAUGCCAUCACACACACAUGUCACAGUACUGUCCCUUUUGGUUGAACCUUUAUGGUCUUUUUUUAUGUCACGGCUCCUCUGAUCAUAGACAUAGUCUAUGCAUUCAUAUGUCUAUGUCUAUGUCUGGAAAUGCAUCACAAUUACACAAAGGUACAAAUGAUUAAAUAAAAAUAAAAGUAAACGUUUUUAACACCAGUUUACAAUUUGCAAGCUGGUGUAAAUCUGUUUCAAAACCUGCAUUUUACUAUUGAUCAUUUUCUCCAGGCCACUGUUGUCGAUAUUGUAGGCUGCCAUCAUGUUUUGGCCUCUGUAUUGCAUGCUAGUGCUUUCGGCGUGUUUGUGCAACGCCUUUUGAAGUUAAGGUGUGCUCCUCAAACACAACGGUAAAGCACUUAUGCACUUUUGUCGCGUGACGAAGUUUGCCCAGUUUUCCCUCCAUGUCGGCGAUUUUCUUUUGCCACAGCGCAUUUCUGAUGCUAAACGCGAAUAUGCUUUGCUGUGCCCUAACCAAAACCUAAACCUAACCUGUCAGUAAAGCAAUGUUUUUGCUGCUUUACUUUUGCCAAAAACAGCAACAUUUGGCGAAUUUCUAGCGAAAUUGUGUCCAAACCAAAACCAUCCCUAAAGCUAACCUGUCACAGGGUGUUGUGGAGCACGCUUUAACUUGCAAAGGCGUAUUGGACACACGCGAUAGUCUGUUAAAAUCAACGUGUCAUCUAUGCGCAAGUCAUGAUGCCAUGUUGCAACUCAAUUGCUUAAAGUUAUUGACCAUUUCACAUCCGUUUUGUGUCUAAAAUCUGCGUUUUUCUUGUCGAUUGAACUUUUGUUUAUUACUGAGCUGAAACCCAGCUUUUCUUUGUGACAUAGCACACACGUGUAGGUGUUGUACUACUUACUGUUGGGAUAGUACAGGAUAGUGAUGAUCGGGCAUAUUCAUUUCUCUGUUUCUCUCACCAUUUAUUUCCCAUAGAAAUAUAUAUAUAUAUAUCUCUAUCUCUUGCUAUGAAACUCAAAUCGUAUGCAAGCAGAAAACACACUGUUUAUUUUUGUACAUAUUUAUUUGUAUACCCUUGAAUAAUAUUUACUUUGGUCGGAAGUGUUUCAUAGUUUUGGAUUUUCCUUUAUCUUAUUUCUAAAACAGUGUUUUUGCUCAUGGCACUAACCCCCCACCCCCCAUCCC